AUCCUUCAAAACAUCCUCACAACCAUUAGUGCAAAACUCAAACACAAAUUCUCUUACUAUACAACAAGUUCUUCCACUCAAGAACAUCAUGAAAAUGAACAGCACCAACGUGGGAAACUCCAAAAGAAGGAUUUCGAGCAGAGGCCUUGGAGGCCUCCUUAGAGAACAAAGGGCUAGGCUCUACAUAAUAAGGAGGUGUGUUGUCAUGCUUCUUUGCUAUCACGAUUGAUCAAAGCUUUCGUUGAUGGACAAGGACGAGAAGAAUUUACACUUUUUCUUACUUUUUCCAACUUUCUUAGAGUGUAAAUAGCAAUAGCUACACGUACUAGCUACAAGCUAACAAUUUUGUAUUGACCGACCUAAUUCGGCUUCAUGUAUAUUGUACAUCCAAUAGCUUGUAUUGAAACGAUCAUUUUGAUUUCAUUACAUAUGUUAAAUUCCUUUUCUUUUUUUCCAUUCAA